GCCCUCCAUUCAGGCAGUCAACUGUCAUUCCACGAGCCUCGGAAUCAAUAUCGGAUCGAACAACGAAAGUCGAGUCCCGCGACUUGGACUUGCACCCAACCAUCCGUCGGACAAGCACUGUCACGGUCUGCACGCUUCCCUUGGCCCCACGAUUCCAGCACUGUGGGUCAUCUAGCCAACCCCGCCAACAACCGGACAACCUUGGUCAUCUCGCGCAGUAUCCUGCGCAACUGCAUCCUCGCUCUAUACAAGCACUAAGUCCUGCCAUCAUGGCCAGCUGGAUGUCCUGGUGGGGUGGUGGCUCCAACCAGAAGCAGAAACAGGCCAAAGUCAAGGAAACGGUACUGGCGAUGAAGAGCCAUGUUGACAUGCUGCAAAAGAAGGAGACGCAUCUUCAGCAGCAGAUCGAUCAACUGGAAGCCGAUGCAAAGGCUGUCGUAGGAAAGAACAGGAAUGAGGCCCUCCGGAUAUUGAAGCGCAAGAAUCUCAAGCAGAAGGAGUACGAUCAGACAUAUGCGGCGAGGAUGGCCAUGGAAACACAGCAGUCAGCUCUCGAUAUGGCCAACCUCAACCAGGAGCAGUAUCGCCAGACCAAGGCCAUCAACGAGGCUAUGAAGCAGAUCGGAGCAGGCAUCUCGGUGGAGAAGGUCGACGAUAUGAUGGAGAGCAUUCGCGAGCAGAGUGCUAUGAAUGACGAGAUUUCUCAGGCUAUGGCCGCGCCGGCAGGUCAGCUCGAGGACGAGGACCUCGAAGCGGAACUUGAAGCGCUGCAGGAAGCGCAAUUGGACGAAGCGAUGCUCAACACUGGUUCUGUGCCCGUUUCGGACAAGAUCAAAGACCUGCCGUCGGCAGCAAACGGAGAACUCAAGGGCAAGGCUGUACCGCAGGAGUCGGAGGAAGAAGCCGAGCUUCGAAAACUACAGGCCGAGAUGGCCAUGUGA